GUAGUUACAUUCCGCGAUAUAUACGGAUUUCGGAACCAUAACCCCACAUUCUGGCUGGGCCGUGUGUGUUCCGUUAUUUGUCGCUGACAAAUGUGACAAUAAAGCGACAUUGUACGAAUAAUACCGAAGCGUAUUGAAAAUCUAUAGUAUAUGUUACGUGAACGCGUCGUGAAGACUGCUGCGCGUCUUCGGUACUUGCCAGGAAACGAGAGUUUUGUCGGACGUCAAAUAUCUGAGAGGUUAUCAAGUUGAUCCUGUACACAAAAUUUCCUUCGCGUGCAUACACAAGUGCUCUGUACAUGAAAUCUCAGUGCACAUUCCGCGAUAAAUAAACUAACAACAUGUCAUCUAGGACGCUCUUUUACUUGGGUGACACAGCACAUAAAUGCGUCUUUGGGACCGCGCAGCUAUGCAGGCCGAAAUUGCAAACGUUACAGUACAGACAGAUAAGAAGUCUGAGAAAAUUGUCAUUUUCUCCUAAAGCACAGACACAGACUCCUUUUCCUAAUGGUAUUUGUGUCGAAACUGGAACCGUACAGCCUGCAAGACUGCUUAAACAUCUUGGUUUUACAAUUAUGUUUAGCGGAGCCUCCAUAGCAGGUGCUGCAAUUUGGGAGUAUGAACGUAUCAGAAGCCAAACAUAUAAAAUGAUACAUCGGUUCAGACAAUUUCAUAACAGUAAUGUAUGUAAGCGAACAGGAUGGAGAGGCCAAAUGGAGACAUGGUGGAGAAACUUGACGGAAGGACAAAAAGUUUUUGCGCCUAUAUGUUUUAUAAACGUAGUCGUAUUCUUAGCCUGGCGAGUGCCGGUGUUACAAAAAUCGAUGAUGCGCUAUUUUUGCGCCAAUCCCGCUUCUAGUGUGUCAUGCUGGCCUAUGGUACUUUCCACCUUUUCGCAUUACACUAUUUUCCAUCUGGCUGCGAAUAUGUACGUGUUACAUAGCUUUAGCACACUGGCUGUGUCGACACUGGGAAAAGAACAAUUCUUGGCGCUUUAUUUAUCAAGCGGGGUGGUGUCGAGCUUUGCUAGUCACGUUUACAAAACCAUGAUCGGUACGCCAGGUCUCUCCCUAGGAGCGUCAGGAGCGAUUCUAGGCGUUCUUGGAUUUAUCUGUGCCCAAUAUCCUGACAUACAACUCAAUAUUAUUUUUCUUCCUAUGUUGCCGUUUACAGGAGAUAUGGCAAUCAAAGGAAUAAUGAUAUUGGAUUGUCUUGGUUGUAUCUUGGGAUGGAAAUAUUUUGAUCAUGCCGCACAUUUAGGUGGCGUAUUAUUCGGAAUGUUUUGGCAAGCUUGGGGUAACGCUUAUAUUUGGCAAAAGCGGGAACCGCUUCUGACCUUGUGGCACAGCAUUCGAGAACCUCGAAAAUCGCAAUGAUAUUUUUCAAUUCUAGAUUCUUGUUAUACUAUUCACAGUGUGUAUAAAAUAUUUUAUGCAUAAAUUUUGUAAAACUUCUAUUAUUACGCGCGCAAAUACGUGUUU